GCGACCGCAGGGGGGUAUGACCACAUACGGGCCGCCGGUUGAAAUGUGUGGACGGACAUUAGGGUGCAGAUCGCAGGGCGCAGAUCGCAGGGCGCAGAUCGCAGGGCGCAGAUCGCAGGGCGCAGAUCGCAGGGCGCAGUGGCAGAUUUCGAUGAUGACUCAUCGCCCAACUUCAACUAGUGUUGGAGGGUGGGUGAUGUAGAUUGCUGACCGCAGGCUAUAGUUUGGUUUGAGUGUGAGAGUUUAUGAUUAAUGUUGAAUGUUGUGUGACCACCACACUGGAGUGUGAUGAAAUAAUUGUGGUCAGUGUAGUUCUAUUUUUUCCCAGGAAGAACAAGAGUAAAAAAUUAUAUUUGUUUUCGUAUAAAAAGGGCAAACGGUUUCAUAUUGUAAUCAUUAUAUUAAAAAUCAUUUAUUUAAUCAAAUUCAAAAUUAUUGUUAUAAAAAUGAGAGAAUUUGUAUGUAAUAUUUGUGAGAAAACUUACGAACAUAAUCAAUCUUUGAAUCGUCAUUUGCGUUUACAACAUUCAAUUGAGUGUGUGAAAUGUAAUCAGAAUUUUAGUACUUAUCCAGAGCUUUUAAAGCAUAUGAAGUCAAUGGACCACAAUGAAAAAAAAGAGGAAAAAACGGUAUACUGUGAAAAUUGCAAUUUAGCUAUUCCAAAAAAUCAGUGGAAGAAUCAUAUCAGCACUAACACACACAUCGAUAAGUGUGUAAAAUGGUUAGAUAAGGAUGUGUCUUGCUUUGGAUCUAGCUUUCAAAAUCGAAUAGAAAGUUAUAAAAUAAAAAAUAGUGAGAUCAAUAACUUGAUACCCGAAAACUUUUUCAAAUCAAUUCAAGAAAAAGUAAUCAAUAUAAUUCAAAAGGCGUUGCAAAAGCAUGAAUCUAUUAAAUAUAAUUGUACACUACAUUGUAAUUAUAUUUUGAUGAAAGAGAAAGCGGAAGAUGAAAUUAGUUUAUUUACACAUCACACAAAAAUGUUGGUACUAUCUCCCUCAAGUACACUGGAAGAAAUUUUAAAUCAUUAUAUUGAAAAUUGUAAUGAAAUAAUUAAAAAAAUGAGUGAAUUCCAAGAACGAGAUAGUGGAUGGACUUUAAUCGAAAUAAAACAUCUAGAGAUCAACAUCAACAAAUAUACAUGUUUGAGAGGAUCUCAAUACAUAAAUCUUCCUCCCAAAAUAAGGAAUAAAAAGGCUUGCAUCAAUGUGCAAAACAAUGAUGUCUAUUGUUUUAAAUGGGCAAUAAUAUCAGCAUUAAAUCCACUUCCAAAGGAAAAGAAACCACAUAAAUGUAGCAACUACAAAGUAACGGACAUUAAGGCACACAUUAUAACAUUGGAAAAUAAUAUAAUAUUAAAUUUUGAAAACAUGGAAUUUCCCCUUACCAUAAAUAAAAUCAGAGUCUUUGAGUUGCAGAAUCCUGAUAUAAGUAUAAAUGUGUUCGGUUUAGAGGAUGCUAAGAUUAUAGGUCCUUACUAUUUUACAGAAGCUGAGAAAUCAACUCACAUCAAUCUUCUCCUAAUAGAAGAGGAUGAUAAAUUUCAUUACAUCUGGAUAAAAAAUAUAUCAAGAUUGUUGCGAAGUUCUAUAACAAAGAAUAAAAAUAGGAUUCAUUUUUGUAACACCUGCUUAACUCAUGUUUCUUCAAGUAGUAGACUAGAGAAACACAAACGUGAGUGUAAAAAGAUGGUGACAACAAUGCCAUCAGAUAAAGAUAAAAUACUUAAAUUUAAGAAUUUUAAACAUAAAUUAGAUAUUCCAUUCUCAAUUUAUUGAGGAUGACUAUACACACGCUAAAAAUGUAUGGAAUACAUUUAAAUGUAACAAUUUAAAAGAUUACUUAUUACUUUAUUUGAAAGUUGAUGUUUUGUUAUUAUGCGAUGUGUUUGAAAAUUUUAGAAAAGUAUGUAAAAAAAUUUAUAAUUUAGAUCCAUGUCAAUAUUAUACAGCACCUGGUUUGUCUUGGAGUGCAAUGUUAAAAACAACUGGAAUAGAACUAGAAUUAUUAACUGACUUUGAAAAGUAUAAUUUUAUUGUUGAGGGUAUUAGAGGAGGGAUUGUUCAAUGUUCUAAACGAUUUUCAGUUGCAAAUAAUAUAUAUGUAAGUGAUUAUAAUCCAUGUCAAGAUUCAAACUUUUUAAUUUAUUUAGAUGUUAAUAAUUUAUAUGGUUAUGCUAUGUCACAGUAUCUACCUUACAAAAAUUUUGAAUGGGUUGGAAAUAUUGAAAUGUUUAAUUUGAAUGAUAUCAAAGAAGAUUCGGAGAUAGGAUAUAUAUUAGAGGUAGACUUAGAAUAUCCAUCCUCAUUACAUGAUUAUCACAAUGACCUACCAUUUUGCGCUGAAAAUAAAAAACUUGGUUCUAUGAGACAAUCUAAAUUAGUGUUGAAUUUAAAUGAUAAAAAUAAUUAUAUCAUACAUUAUAAAACUCUUCAACAGUGUAUUAAACAUGGAUUAGUUUUAAAAAAAAUACAUAGAAUUCUUCAGUUUAAACAAACGAAUUGGUUGCAAAAGUAUAUUGAUUUAAAUAACUAUCACAGAACUUUAGCUAAAAAUUUGUUUGAACAGAAUUUUUUCAAAUUAUUAAAUAAUGCUGUUUAUGGCAAGACGAUGGAAAAUGUUGAUAAAAGAAAAUGUAUUAAAAUUGUAACUAACUGGGAGAGUAAAGGUAGAAAAUUGGGUGCGAGGGCUCUUAUAGCUAAACCUAAUUUUCAUAGUUCACUCAAAAUAUCUAACGAUAUGGUUGUAAUUCAAAUGAAAAAAUCGCAUGUUGAAUAUAAUAAACCAAUAUAUAUUGGAUUUACUGUUUUAGAACUAUCGAAAUGGAAAAUGUAUGAUUUUCAUUAUAAUUAUAUGAAAAUAAAGUUUAAUCAAUCAACUACUCUAAAUUACAUGGAUACCGAUUCAUUUAUUUAUGAUAUUAAAACAAAAAAUUUCUAUGAUGAUAUUCGAAGUGAUAUCACAAAAUAUUUUGAUACAUCAGCGUAUCCAAUUAAUAAUAUUUAUAAUUUUCCGUUAGAAAACAAAAAAGUUCUAGGAAUGAUGAAAGAUGAAUGUGGUGGAAAAAUAAUGAAGGAAUUCAUUGGUUUACGUUCAAAAAUGUAUUCAAUUAAGAUUGAUAAAGUAGAUGAAGAAAUAAAGAAAAUAAAAGGUGUAAAACAUUGUGUUACAGCAAAACUUUCAACCAACGAUUUUAAAAAAUGUCUUUUUGAACAAAUUAAUUAUUAUGAUUCUAUGUAUGUUUUUAGAUCAAAAAUUCAUCAAUUGUACACACAACAUAUACAUAAAUUAGUUUUAAAUUAUUUAGAUGAUAAGAGAUUUAUAAGAGAAAAUGGUGUUGACACCUAUGCUUGGGGACACUAUAAAAUAAAAAAAUAAUUAAAAGAAAAAAAUGGUUUUGUUUGUUUUGUUUUUUUCACAAGAUAUUAUAUUUAUUAAAGAGAAAUUGUAUACAUAAAUGACCACAAUUGUAAGUAUUAAAUUUUUGUUUUUGUUUAUAAUUGUAUUCGAUAGGUGGUUUUAAAUAAUUAAUAAUUUCCAACGGUGGUUGUAAAUUACCAAAACUAUCAAAAUAUUCCUUAUAGUUGUAAUUUUUGUAAUAGGCAACCCAAUGUGUUCCUGGCCCAUUAGUUGUAUCUAAAUUAACUAUUCCACAUUCUUGUCGUAGUGGUUUGUUUGGUAAUGAGUCACGCAUAAAAACCCCUCUAAAGUGUUUCAAUGGCUUGCAGUACUUAACCAAAUCGAUAUCCGUCAAUGGUCGAUUGGGUAAUCUACUUAGAAGUUUUUUGGAGCUGGUUUAUAGUAAAGUCCAUAUCCUUUUUUAUAAGGUUUAAGAUAUAAUCCUUUUCCCAUAGCAAUUGAUUCCAUAUAUCUGUUAUGACGAGUAGCUUCAGCUAAUUGUUCUUUCCCAUUUUUGAUAUCCUUAACUGCUUUUACAAUAGCCGAUCCUCCAGUUGCUAAACCUCCAAGGGCUGAUAACGCAGUUAAAAUUGGAACUAUUGGUAGAAAUCCACCAAUUUUUGGUACUCGAAUGA